AUGACAGAUAAAGGAUCGAUCUCUGGUGUGGAAGAGAAGCCCUCCGUAAGGCAUGAAGAACAUGAAAAAGCUACGUCCACUUCACGAGAGCAGGAGAUCGUAGCCGACUUUCCAUCAGAGAAAGCUGGAAAGCUUAUGCGGAAAGUUGACUUCAGACUCUUGCCCCCUUUUAUUCUGAUCUACCUAAUGUCAUACAUCGACCGUGCCAAUAUCGGAAACGCGAAUAUCGAGGGCAUGAGUGAGGACUUACACCUAACGGGCAAUCAAUAUAACGUAGUUCUAUCUGUCUUCUUCGUGACAUUCAUUGUCUUCGCAGAGGUCCCCAGCAACUACAUCCUUGAACGGUUCUUCACCAACAGACCGUCCCUGUGGAUCGGGAUAAUCACAUUCUUAUGGGGUGCCAUGAUGACCUUGCACGGCAUCGCAAACAACUACAGCACAAUCCUAGUCGUCCGACUUCUAAUGGGCGUAUUCGAAGCCGGCCUCUUCCCAGGCGCCAUACUAAUCAUGAACAAAUGGUACUCCAAGUUCGAGCUCGGUACGCGAUUCUCCAUCUUCUACAUCGGGUCUGCCCUAGCCGGUGCGUUCUCGGGGAUACUGGCUUACGGCUUCGCGAAGAUGGAUGGGGUUGGGAAUAUGGAGGGAUGGAGGUGGAUAUUUAUUAUGGAGGGCCUUUUAACGGUUGUCUUGGGCGCUGCUGUGCCGUUUAUCCUCCCAGACUCGCCCAAGAGCAAGCCGCGGUGGAUGGACGAGGCGGAAGCUGAGUACCUUCUGGCCAGACUGAGUCUGCAAGACGGGGGACAGGAAGCGCAGGAUGCAGGCAAUAAUAUGUCACUUGCCGUUGUCUGGUCCGUCGUUACUGACUGGCAGAUUUAUCUUAUGGUUCUUGUGUACUGGUCGAACACGGUGCCGACUUAUGGCUUGAAGUUCAUGAUGCCGCAGAUUAUCAAGAAUAUGGGAUUCACUGCGAGUACUGCCCAGUUGCUGACUAUUCCUCCUUAUAUGGCCGGUGCUGUCAGCGCAUUUGUCUUCGGCCGCUUCGCUGACCAUUUCAAACGACGCGCCUACUUCCUUGCUGGACCACAGCUCAUUCUAAUAACCGCCUACGCAAUCCUCACCCCGCUGGCCCCCAAAAUCUCCACCAACAUCGGCCCCUGCUUCUUCGCCAUAAUCCUCGCCAACAUCGGAUGCUACCCCAUAAACCCCGGUGCCAGUUCCUGGAUCAGCAAUAACCUAGCGGGACCAGCGAAGCGUGCAAUUGGAAUUGCAUACGCGACCUCAUUAACCAAUAUCGGGGGCAUCUUUGCGUCGUAUAUUUUUCUGGAUAAGGAAAAGCCAGCGUACGCGACGGGGUUUGGGACGACGAUUGCGAUGGUUGCGUUAGGGCUGGCUUCGGUUGUUUGUCUUGAGGUUUUGUAUACGGUUAUUAAUAGGAGGAGAGAGAGGUUUAUGGAGGAGAAUGGGGUUCGGUUGGAUGUGGAUGCUGGAGGGAUGGGGGAUAGGGCUGUGUCGUUUAGAUAUACGCUCUGA